AUGGCUACCAUCAAGAAUCCAUUGAUCGAGCUCCUCGAUAUCUCAUAUGAUACGUUCAACAUGAUGCACCGAUGGCUCGGACGCUUGUCAAUCCUCCAAGCUGUGGCUCAUACUCUCUGUUGGACGAUCGCCAAGGUCCAGCAGAAGGGUUGGGAGGGGGUGAACCAGUCUCUGCAUGGUCAGCUUAUCUACAGUGGACUUGCUGCCACUCUCGGCUUCGUCAUCAUCUUCUUCCAAGCACCCAAGGUUGUUCGGUCAUGGGCGUACGAGGUCUUCUUGUACGGUCACAUCUUCCUCGUCCUUGUCUCAUUCGGCUUCCUUUGGUUGCAUCUCAAGGAGUUCCCUCAACUCGGAUUCCUCAUCGCCACGAUCGCUGUCUGGGCCACUAUGCGAGCAUGGCGCUUUGCCACCCUGGCCUACCGUACAUGGGGAGGUCGUGGAAGAUGCCAGGCUACUGUGGAAGCUCUGCCAGGCGACGCCAUGCGAGUCACACUGACCACUCCUCGCCCAUGGAAGUAUCGAUCUGGCCAGUCAAUGUAUCUCACCAUUCCAAGCAUCGGGCUCUUCACUGCUCAUCCUUUUUCCAUUGCAUGGUCAGACGCAGACCAUGGCCUGUCAAGAUCGAAGACUGUUAAGCGCAGCAACACCAAGGUCUGGAGCGACGACGAGAAGCGGCCUAUCGUCAGGGGUCGUGAGCCUGAGGAGAUGGAGAAGGCUACAUACUCGCUUGUCAUCAAAGCUCGGACCGGCAUGACUGGCAAACUCUACGACCGUGUAGCUCGCAAUGAUGGCCCAGACCCGGGCAAGAUGACCUUCAAUGCCUGCAUCGAAGGCCCGUAUGGUGGUGAUCGCAGCAUGGCCAGCUACGGCACUGUCAUGCUCUUCGCCAGUGGCGUCGGCAUCACACAUCAGAUUCCGUACAUCAAGCAGCUUCUCGAGGGCUACAACGAUGGCACCGUCGCCGCACGCAGAGUAACUCUCGUCUGGGCUGUAACAUCAACAGACUGCCUGGAAUGGAUUCGGCCAUGGAUGCACGAAAUCCUCGGCAUCGAGAACCGCCGAGAUGUUCUCAAGAUCAUUCUUUACAUCACAAGAGCAGGCCUCACCCAGCCAAUCAAGUCACCCAGCGAGACAGUGAAGAUGGUCCGUGGUCGACCUGACGUGCAGUCUCUGAUGGAGGCGGAAGCGAGAGAGAAGGUGGGCGCGCUGGGCGUCAGUGUGUGCUCGGGCGGUGGUCUGGCAGAUGAGGUGCGACGAGCAGCGAGAAUACUACUGUCACGGUCAGUGAACGUCGACCUGAUAGAAGAAGGUUUCGGGUGGUGA